AAAGAUUUCAGGUUCAUGUUAUGGCAACUCACUAUUAUUCUCAAUAACCAAUCAUGGUGUCAAGUGGCAUUUGCACGGGCGAGAAGGGCAACCAAAUCCAAAGCCAAAGCACCGACAGCUCCGUCGUCUGAUCACCCAUUAUCCAUGUCGGAAAUGCCCCCACAGUAUUCCAAGAAAACUGACACGAUUUGGGGCCACGGUUUUCUCAUCAUCUUUGUGAUCCUUACCUAUCUCACACGGGCAUGGGUUUCCACCAUCAUCUUGGGAUCCUCCCCUAGUGCAACUUCAUGUCAUCAAGCCUCCUCUUCAGGCCUUCUCGAGACUUUAAGAGAGUUCGAUGGAGCUCUCACAACAUGGCUUCUUGGAGUUACUAGCUCCAAGAAGAGAAGUUGGACAACUUUUACCACUGGGGUGACUGAGUUCCUCCCUAAUGGAUGGAACUUUGAUUCUUUUGAUGACAACCCAACUUUGACUAGACCAAAUCCUCCUUUUUUAGGAUUCUGUAUGCCAGCAGAGCCUGGCAUUGAGUGUCCUUUUACUGAUCACCCUUAUGCUCUUAUUGAUGGAUUCACAGUGCCAGAGUUGGGUUCACCCGACACCAGGAAUGACACUCCAUUUCAACCUCAAGAAGACGUACUACCUGUCAAUGCAACAGGAAGCGACCAAACUCGGUUCAUAUCAAUGAACUUAGCUGGUAUCUUAAGGAAGGAGCUAAAGCCAGAUGAAGUAAUGGUCAGAAACACCGCCAAGUUCGAUGUGGAGAGAAGAGAAAAGGAUACCACGGUUGAUAUAUGCUGUGCAGCCAAACCAAGAUUGUUACCAUCAACAGUGAGCACACUGGAAACACUAGGACUUGAAAUUCAACAAUGUGUUAUUAGUUGCUUUAAUGAUUUCUCUAUGCAAGCCUCUUGUUCAGAAAGGACAUUGAUAAGUUUCAAAGACAUAAAGCAAGCACUAUUCAGAAAUGCUGGCUAUGAAGGAAGAUGUCUUUUAACAAAAGGAUGGAAAGUAAAGCGGGCACCAAACAAAGCAAGAUACAUGGAUGUUCCGAAAUUUGUUCUUCAUAGAACGGUCUAAGGUGAGGUUUUAGUAACAUUUUAUUUCUAAUAAGCAUUGUUCAUUCAUCAGAACAAUCUGACAACCAUAUCAUGUUUUGUUACUCAAAGUUGGAGCAUCUUAUGGUGAAACUAUGUAUUAAGUUCCUCAUCUAUCAUGCACAUGCGUUUAAUAAAUACAAGUUUUUUUU